UUUCCUAGCAAUAUUUAAAUGAUGCACCAAUUUCUUGAUAAUUGAAAAUUUUAAUACUCAACUAUACCCUUUUUUUCCUUUGUUUUAUUUUAUGAAAGUUUUUUACUUGAGAAAUUGGAUUGGUCCAUGACAACUAUUCUUAUGAACUUUCAACAUCUUAUUAUAGUUAUUUUGGAGUCACCAUCCAGCAUAAAAAAAAUGUUGGGUUGUUGCACUAGGCCUCAUCGUUAAACACUGCUAAAACUUGUCUUGUUGAUCUGGUGAUUCUCAAAUAUGAUGAUGUCAGUCAGGGGUAAUAUUAUUAGAAGAUUUUAUGCAACAUAUGCCGUUGCGUGUGCCGAAACCUGGGACGUUUUAUCUCAGGAAGAACUUCGAAAUCACUUGACACAGAAAUCCCAUGAUGCCAUUCAAAUCGAAAUGGUAGAAAUCAAUUCUCAGCUGAAGGGCAUGCUGAAAACUGGAAACUUGAACCGUGCACGGAAAUUGUUCGAUGAAAUUCCUCACAAAAAUGAAAUUUCAUGGACAACCAUGAUUUCGGGCUAUGUGAAUGCGUCUGAUUCGUCUGAAGCAUUGUCUUUGUUUUCCAAAAUGUGGGUCGACCAGCGUCUCAAAAUGGACCCCUUCAUACUUAGCCUUGCGUUCAAGGCUUGUGGGCUGAAUAUGAAUCUGAAAUAUGGGGAAAUGUUACAUGUGUUUUCAGUGAAAACUGGUUUAGUAAACUCUGUUUUUGUGGGGAGUGCAAUUCUUGACAUGUAUAUGAAGAACGGGAGUGUUUGGGAGGGUUGUAGAAUCUUUGAUGAGAUGCCGUUGAGGAAUGUAGUUUCAUGGACUGCCAUUAUUACGGGGCUUGUUCAUGCCGGUUAUAACAAGGAGGGAUUGAUCUAUUUUGCUGAAAUGUGGAGAGACGGUGUUGAAUAUGAUUCCUAUACUUUAGCCAUUGCAUUGAAGGCAUGCGCUGAUAUGAGAUAUUUGAAGUCUGGGAAGGAAAUUCAUGCUCGAGCCAUGAAGAAUGGAGUAGAUGUGACCUCAUAUGUGGCCAAUAGUCUUGCUACCAUGUACAAUAAGUGUGAGAGAGCGCAAUGCGGUUUGUUCUUAUUUCAAAGAAUGAAUAAGCAGGAUGUGGUUUCAUGGACAACUAUAAUUACAUCGUACAUCCAGAUGGGCCAAGAGAAGGAGGGAAUUGAUGCGUUUCUGCAGAUGAGAGAGUCGAACGUAUGUCCUAAUGAGUAUACUUAUGCAGCUGUGAUUUCUGGUGUUGCCAAUGUUGCAAGACUUGAUUGGGGAAAACAAAUGCAUGCGCAUGUUUUACAUAUAGGUCUCAUGGACUCAUUAUCUGUGGCAAAUUCUGUCAUGACAAUGUAUUCAAAAUGUGGAUACUGUGAGUCGGCCUCAAUAGUCUUCACUGAAAUGUCCAGGCGAGACAUCAUUUCUUGGAGUACUAUUAUUGCCGGGUAUGCUCAAGGAGGUUUUACAGAGAAGGCUUUUGAGCUUCUAUCAUGGAUGAGGAGAGAAGGACCAAACCCCACAGAGUUUGCUCUUUCUAGUGGGUUGAGUGUAUGUGGUAGUAUGGCAAUUCUUGAUCAGGGUAAGCAACUUCAUGCUUAUGUCCUUACAAUUGGUUUAGAUCAAAGAGCUAUGACACGAAGUGCUCUGAUCAACAUGUAUUCAAAAUGUGGGAGCAUAGGAGAGGCAUCUAAAAUAUUUAAGGUAGCAGAGAAUGAUGAUAUUGUAUCAUGGACGGCCAUGAUCAAUGGAUAUGCUGAACAUGGAUACAGCCAAGAAGCAAUUGAUCUAUUUGAGAAAAUUCCCGUGGUUGGUUUGAGGCCAGACUCUGUAACAUUUAUUGGUGUCCUUAGUGCUUGUAGUCAUGUUGGAAUUGUUGAUCUCGGCUUUCAGUAUUUUGAUUCAAUGACUAGUGAGUACAAGAUAAAUCCUACUAAAGAACAUUAUGGUUGCAUGAUUGAUCUUCUAUGUAGAGCUGGACAGUUGCGCAAAGCAGAAAAAAUGAUAAGAAGCAUGCCGUAUGAACGGGACGAUGUCGUAUGGUCAACUCUGUUAAGAGCCAGUAGAGUACAUGGAGAUGUAGAAUGUGGAAAGCGUGCCGCAGAGCAGAUACUUAAAUUGGAUCCAAAUUGUGCUGGGACUCAUAUAACCUUGGCUAAUAUAUAUUCUUCAAGAGGGAAGUGGAGGGAAGCAGCAGACAUGAGGAAACUCAUGAAAUCAAAAGGUGUUAUGAAAGAACCUGGUUGGUCUUGGAUUAAGGUCAAAAAUCAGAUUUCUGCGUUCGUUGCUGGUGAUGGAUUGCAUCCAGAGUGCGAAGAAAUAUACAAUAUUUUGAAGUUGGUAGCCUUUAGAGCAGAUCUUGCUGUACAGGAAGUUGCGUUAUUCCUGUAUGAUGCAGGAGAUUAACACCAGCAUCUUUCAUCAUGAAAACUGUUGCAUACAUGGCAACUCUUUUCCUUUUGGACUAGCAUGGGAGAGUCGCACAGUGAUAUAGGAAGGAAGAUUCGGUGUCAUAUUUAGACUUGAAAACUGCAAUAUACACUGUCAACAAAGUUGGUUUUAGGUUAACUUCAUCAUCAGGGAUGAUUAUCGAAAUUGAUUGGAAAUGUUGCUUCGAGAUGAUAUGGCUCGCCGAUAUCAAGUAAACAAAUGGAAGGAGAUUUAAGUCAUUUUUUCAACAAUGUCAAAUGGAUGCAUCGUUUGCUGGUGUUUUUAGUAAAGCGGCAAUAAGGCAUGACAAAGCAUGAAGACAUUUUCCUUGAAAGAGGAUACACUGUUGUGGAGCAAAUGUCUUGUUUUUAUGCUGCUCAACCAAUUUGGAUCCGCAUCACUCAUAAAGUACUGUUAGAUUGAGGAUGAAGCCAUUAUUCUUAAAAUGGUUUUUGUACUUAUUCGUGCUCUGCAAGCGAACAGAUGCACAUGUUGAGUUUGUUCUUUGGUAAGUUUUACCCAUAGUGGUGCUUCCCUUACGGAACUACUGUGAAAUGUUUGGAUGUUUACAUCUGAUCAGACCUUUGGAAUUUGGAAGACUGAACCUACAUUAGAAAGACCUUACUGCUAAUGAUGCAGAGAAUCUGUUAGAUAAAA